AUGGCCUCGACCGACUACGUGCCUCUAAAGCCAUAUCCCGAGAAUGGCACCAGUCUGACGGGAGGUGACUCGCUGUCACUAAAUCUCAACCUCUACUAUCAAUCUGGCGACAUCGCGUGGAUGAUCACUGCAACCGCGCUUGUGCUGCUUAUGAUACCUGGCGUUGGCUUCUUCUACUCAGGCCUUGCGCGGCGGAAGUCGGCGCUGUCUCUGAUAUGGCUGUCAGUCAUGGCCACCUCUGUCGUCUCUUUCCAGUGGUUCUUCUGGGGCUAUAGCCUGACAUUCUCGCACAACGCCAGCCAUUUCAUCGGAACGCUCGAAAAUUUCGGGCUCCGCAAUGUCCUCGCUGCGCCAUCCGUUGGCAGCGCCCGCAUCCCAGACCUCAUGCACUGCGUCUACCAGGGUAUGUUCGCUUGCAUCACGGUAGCACUCGCGGUCGGAGCAGUAUCAGAAAGAGGAAGGAUGCUUCCCUGCGUGAUUUUCAUGUUUCUCUGGACGACUGUCGUGUACGAUCCGAUUGCAUGCUGGACUUGGAAUCCGCACGGCUGGGUAUACCAGCUAGGCGGCUACGACUUCGCUGGUGGCACUCCUGUCCAUAUUUCAUCAGGAACCGCAGCGCUCGCAUACUCCUACAUUUUGGGCAAGCGGGCAGGUCACGGAACGCACGCGCUCAACUACCGUCCCCACAAUGUGACCCACAUCGUCAUCGGUACGGUAUUUCUGUGGGUGGGAUGGUUUGGCUUCAACGCUGGAUCUGCCCUCUCAGCGAAUCUGCGUGCUAUCAUGGCCGCUCUGGUCACCAACCUCGCAGCUUGCGUCGGCGGCGUUACAUGGUGCCUGGUGGACUAUCGGUUGGAGAAGAAAUGGAGCACCGUCGGUUUCUGUUCUGGUGUUGUCGCCGGGCUGGUCUGUAUCACUCCUGGCUCAGGCUUUGUACCAGCGUGGGCAGCAAUCGUCUAUGGCGUCGUCGCUGGUGUUGGCUGCAACUUCGCCACACAACUCAAAUACUGGAUCAGCGCCGACGAUGCGCUCGACAUUUUUGCCGUUCACGGAGUCGGAGGGUUUCUCGGCAACCUCCUGACUGGUCUUUUCGCCGCUGAUUAUAUCGCUGCCCUUGACGGCUACACCGUAGGCGAAGCUGCUAUCAAAGGCGGUUGGAUCAACGGUCAUUGGCUGCAGCUUGCCAUUCAGCUUGCCGACUCAGUCUGCGGCAUGGCAUACUCCUUCCUCAUGACAAGCGCCAUACUUCUCAUAAUCACCUCACUGUCGCGAUUCAUCCCAGCACUCAAGCUACGCGCCAGUCCCGAGGAAGAAGCCGCGGGUAUCGAUGAUGCUGAAAUUGGAGAGUUCGCAUACGAUUAUGUUGAGCUUGUUCGAGAUAUCAAGCCACAGGAGAUCCGAGACCACGCCGACUAUGAGACGGAUGCGGACGGAUUGUCGAUACGAAGUGCUAGUCGGGGCUCGCAGUACCCUAUCGCUAUGGAGAAGAGAAACGCCCGCAACCAAGAUUACCCCUUGAGAGACUUCAGCAGAGAUACUGGGUCCAUGUCACCUGUUGGUACGGCGUCGUAGCUGCUGCAGGGGUGGUCAGACACUGAGAGAUGUUCUGCAGAGCAUGUACAGAUUAAUGUUGAUGGAAAAUUAUGAUACGAUCACGCACUGGACGACGCAGGAGUUAGGGAAGCGCAAAUCGGGUGGAAGGCAGAUAUGUUUCUUGCUACACUACUCGGACUAGAAUCAGACUGAUACCCACGCACGAAUGCAUCGUGCGGCUACUGCGAGGCACGUGCUGCUAUGAAUUUGGUCCAACUUGCGGACUGAAAGUUGAAACUUUGAUUCUC